AUGACCUCCAAGUAUAACAAGACUGAUUCAGCACACCCGCCUAAUCAGGGUAAGAGAGGACUCUUCCAGUCCAUGCACAACCCACAAAACGAUGGAGUUCCGGCUAAAGACAACUGGCCCGGUGUUCCAUGGCCGGAGCACUUCAUCAUCCGCAAAGGAGUCAACCAAAGCACUUUAGUACCUUUGAUACCAGUUGACCUGCUGCCAAGCUACGUCGAAAUCGUCGGGCUGCCCCGGGACAUGACUAUCAGAGAGACAGUUGGCAUGUCCAACCUUGGCGAAUUCACCAAACCGCCAGGCCAUUUCCAACUGCACUUUAUGUCGCCGUCUGAAUACCAGUGCCCAAGCUCUCCUGGGAUUGCCCAUUACAUUGUUCCAACUGCAACCGUCAAGACUGGCCAGCCAGCUCAAGCUCCGACUCGGGCUCCUCCUCCCGUGAUACCGCUGCCUCCUCGCCGUGUCCUUGACUGGGCGGAUGACACGGAGUCGGCCUCAACCGAAGACUUCUCGGGAGCUGAGUACUCCUCCGCUUCCACCAAUGAGAAUAGCAGCAAGCGGCGACCGGAUCUGCAAAUGGAGAAGAACACGGCCACGGGUAGCGAGAAGGAUUGCAUGGGCCAAACUGCUACGGCGACUGCCGUUUACCAUCCUACCCUCAACCGGUCAGCUUCGGCACCGGUUGCGACUCCGGCUCAAAUCAACGCUAAUUACAGUAGCGACAACACUGCCGGUAACAAAAAGGGUGUCAAAGCUGGCAAACCUAAAGCCUCACGCCCUGCUGGCAGUCUCUGCCGGCAUUGGUGCCAAACGGGACAAUGUAGUUUCGGCAGGGACUGCCGAUACACACAUCAGAUGCCCAUCACCCUCGAGGGGCUGGUUGACGUGGGCCUCGCGGAGUUGCCUGCCUGGUGGCGUAAAGCGGCAGGAUUACCUGUUGCAGGCACCAUUGACGUCCGUAUCUUCUCUGCCACUUACCCCUCCGCUACCGCCGUUGUUGUCGAGGGCGGGAGAAGCGGAAAGAAAAGUCCGAGUAUUGCAUCGACUGGGGCAUCUAUGAUGAUUGCCACGCAACAGUCCAAAAAGGCCCGGAUGAGGGUCGAGAAGGAAAGGAAGAUGGCAGAGGAGGUCCAUUCCGUUCGGCUUCAGGUAGAGAAAGCUCAGGCAACUGCAUCCUCUGUGACUGUAGAGAAGGAAAAUGUGAACACCACGUCAACCCCGCAGUACACGAUAAGUCACACUGACACUCGUCCACCUACAUCACAAACACAACAAAUUACCAACACCAGCAGCAUGGUUCAGAUCACCGGACAAGAAAUCGGCCAAAUCGGCUACGGCCUUAUGGGCUUCACCUGGCGAGCGAAGCCUGUUCCUGAUGAGCAGGCUUUCGAGGCGAUGCGUGCCGCCCUUCAAAACGGAAACAACUUCUGGAAUGGCGGGGAGUUCUAUGGAACCCCAGAGUCCAACAGCAUGACCCUCCUGGAGCGCUACUUUGCCAAGUACCCCGAGGACGCCGACAAAGUCGUCCUCAGCAUGAAGGGCGGUGUCAAUGUUAAGAACCUACACCCUGACGGUAGCCCCGAAGGGGUUCGUCGCUCCCUUGACAACAUCAUUUCCCAGCUCAAAGGUCGCAAGAAGGUUGACGUUUUUGAGUGCGCUCGUCGCGACCCAAACGUCCCUCUUGAGGUCACCUUUGGAGUCAUUCAGAAGGAGUACAUCGACACAGGAAAGCUUGGCGGUAUCAGUCUGUCAGAGGUGUCUGCCGCGACAAUCCACGAAGCCGUUAAGCACGCCAAGAUCGCCGCCGUCGAGGUUGAGCUCAGCCUCUUCUCGACAGAUGUGCUUACAAACGGCAUCGCCGCAGCGUGCGCGCAGUACAACAUCCCGCUGGUCGCUUACUCGCCCAUCGGCAGAGGUCUGCUGACCGGUGAAAUCACGAAAUUAGAGGAUAUCCCCGAGGGCGACUUCCGUCGUUUCAUGCCUCGCUUCCAGCCCGAAAACUUUCCAAUCAACCUCCAGCUCGUACAGCAAAUUAAGGACCUGGCCCAAAAGAAGGGCGUCACGCCUGCUCAGCUUGCCAUCAGCUGGACAAUUGCCGUCUCGAAAAAGCCCGGCAUGCCCGUGAUUAUUCCCAUCCCUGGAGCCACAACAGCGGCAAGAGUCAAUGAGAAUGCGAAGUUAGUGGAUUUUACUGAGGGGGAGCUAGCAGAGAUUGACGCGACGCUGGCCAAAUUUGAGAUUGCUGGUGACCGCUACCCUGCCGGUGCACCCAUCAACACUUAA